UUCUUUAUUCAACUUUCACCUUCUGUCACAUUUGAUAUUUUUUCGGUUUUGUUAUACUUGAAAAUUCUCUUUUUAUGGUUACGAAACUGGAACAAAAUUCGUGGAGUCAAAAUUGAAACAGUGGGUUGCUCUGAUGUCGCGAGAUCCAUUUGAUUAUAUUCGAUGGAGUGUCAGCCAAGCGAUAGCAAAAAAUUGUUCAAAGUAUCGGACUCGAAAUGUAAGCGUGCGAGGAAGAAACGGGAGGGACAAGACAACGCCAAUGAUGAAAUAUCUAGUGGCUCCCAAGCUACCAUGUGUAGAGUCAAUUCUGCCAAGCCAAGCCUACAGGAGUUGUUUGUUGCCCAAAAUUCCGAAGGACGGUCUGAUGUCAAAAAUGUGAAAAGGGAAUUGAGCAGUCCAUCUUUGGCUCCAUCUCCAAUGAACGAACAUCGAUCAUUCCGAUCACCGAGACGGCAUCGACGAUCAACACGGGAUGGCAUUUCACUUGCUCUGAAAGCUGGAAUGGUUUCAACGCCUCGAUCCAUCUCUCCUAAUCAAGAAGGUGACGGCGGCAUUGAUUCUGUACCUCGAGAUCAAGACUCCUUCAUUUAUGCAUUCCUCGAGGAAGCUAUUAAAAGGGAUAAGAAAAAGCAACGACACCGCAGACGUCACGAUCGCCAUGGAAGCUGCGAGCGAGAAGCCUCCACUCCUAGAGAGCACCGACGUCACCGACAUAGACGGGACGACGUGCCUUCUAAAGAACGCGACAAGCCAACUAAGGACGUAUCUCCGUCGCCGGGGAUUGAUCAGACUGCACUUUUCGAGACAUUUGCGAAAUUGUGCGCUCAGAUGAACGAUAAGAAAAUAUUUCCAGUGCCACGAACGCAAAGUCACAAAUCUCUACAGUGUGAAGUGACGCGACGCGACUCUUACAACGUUGACCGGAGCCACGAGCGAUACAAGAGCCACGAUAGAUCUAGGGACAAGAUCGAGUCGAACCGAUCGAGGUGUCACGAUAUCUAUCCAGAUGUAUCUCGAAGCAAGGGUAGAAUCGACGAACGGAUUAUCGAUAGAUGCGCCUCGUGCUACUCGAAAGAUAUUCCCAAGUAUGCGAGCAAAUUAGCAGUGAAGCAUUCAAAAAUGGAGAACGAAGAUCGAUAUCCCGGACGCGACAGUCCCAGGAGCGAGUACGAGCGUUACAGGCAACCGGAGCGAGACACAGACUAUGCAGAUAAACGAAGAUAUUUUGAACAGAAAGCUUCUAGGAGCUUUGAGGUGAAUCGAAAUGAUGAUAGAUGCAGACGGACGUCCAGGAGUGAUAACACUAGGAGAUACGACGAGGGAAGCGAUUGUAAGAGAUACGUUGGAAGAGAUGGCGAGAGGGACAGGAAGUAUGAUGAGAGAAAAUACAUUGAGAGAUCCAAGUAUUGUGAUAGAAAACCGAUUGAAAGUCGUCUGUCUGUCGCCGAACAGAGAAGCAGGAGGAACUAUGAUAGAAACUCUGUGGAAUCUCGCGAGGACGAAGGCAGGGAUAGAUACUCGGAGAGAGAAAGAGAUUCGGGGCUUAGUGUGGCAGAUGGAGAGACGAGCACUGCGAGCGGGAAAAGUAAUUAUUUGAGAUUUGUCAAGCAAGAAAUCACAGAGCAAAGGGAAGCGAUGGAUAAAAUGAUGAAAUUGUGGAAGGAACUAAUGAGGUGCUUUAAAGGGGUCUCACAAACUCCAGGACCAGAUAAAAGUGUUCAUGAGUCCGCGUCCAAUGUCCGCGAGUCGGCAGCGGCGCACCUGCGGCUGUGGCGCGAGUGCAUGCGGCGCUACGAGACUGUCGCCAGAGACGUGGGAGACACUGACGCCAGACUUAUGGAAGAAAUAAACAAGCAACGCUCCGAGAUGGCAGAGAUGGCGUCGAUGUGGCAGGAGUGCUUGCAGCGCUAUCGAGACAUGAGCAACGAUUUCAAUAACUUAAAACAGAAGUUAACAACACCGGAAAGUCCAACUCGUUUACCGGCGCCUCCCGCGACGUGUGCCGAGGGCGAGGUCAAUGCACCCGCUGCGCCGUACCGUGUACCGACAAACUACCCACAAUUCCAGGCGGCCGGUCGUGGGGCGUGGGCUGGGAGCGCGGGUCCGGGGUCGGCGCUGCGGGGGCGCGCGUCGGUGCCGCCGUGGUGGUGGGGCGAGCCGCCGCGCUCCCCGCGCAGACGCUCCUCGCCGGACUCCCGCGGCUCCGGCGGCUCCCGGGAACGGAGGCACCGACAUAAAGAUAAAAAUGAGUCCCGUUACAAGGAAAAGUCCAAACCGAGUGGGGCUCGAUCAGAGCACAGACACAAUAAUAGGAAGAGAUGAGCGAACCACAAACACGCAAUAAAGUAUAUAAAAAAAAACAAUAUUUUUUAAGUGUUAACGUGCAUUUGUUUUCGAUAAUUUAUACUGUCAAGUUUUGGAUAUUUGUAACUAUUAAUUUUUUAAAUACCUGUUUUAGUCACUAAUAAAUAUGAUUGAAAAUCCA